AUGAAGUUCUUCGCUGUCGCUGCCCUCUUCGCCACUGCCGCCAUAGCCAUGCCUCAUGAGCCUUCCUAUACCGCGGUCGACCAGACCCAGAACAUUUGCGGCAAAGCCCAACUCUCCUGCUGUAACGCGCUCGACAGCAGCGCACAUGUAAGCAAGGAUGAAGAGAAUGAUCUCCUUGCUCUCCUUGGGGAAGGUCUCCUCAAUAACGGCGGCGUCCUUGGAAAGUACCAUGGAUGCAGUCCUUUGGUUUCCCUUGUGGGCAACAUUGGUGAGCAGUGCGACAACCACGUCGCGUGCUGUAACGAUGUCAGCUCCAACAAUAACGGUGUUGUUAACGUUGUUGUUCCCUGCUUGCCCGUCAACGUCCUCUAG